CGCCUCUCUACCGGGAGAGGAAGGCUCUUUUUCGGUCAGAUGGCGUGCUGCAGUCCGCCCCCGUCAUUCUCCAACCCACACACACAGCAAAAAGACAGCCAGCAACCAAUACGCUUAGCCGGAGGAGGACUUCUGCCAGUGAUUUCAGACGAGGAGCGAUACGCAAAGGGGAUUUACUACGGCAAUCCGCGCCGUAGAAGCUGACGGCGAGAGAACCGAAUCGCAACAUUACAAAAUCCUUUGCCGAAUUACGAUCCUUUUCAAUUUCCUCUCCACACAUCAGCAACUCUCCAACUGAUCUGAAAAAGGUUCAUGUGUUUCCUUUCUCCUGCCUAAACUUUCCAGUGCAGUGUGCCAUGUCUCUGCCACGCACACUUGGGGAGUUGCAACUGUACCGGGUGCUGCAGAGAGCCAACCUGCUGGCCUAUUAUGAAACCUUUAUCCAGCAGGGUGGGGACGACGUGCAGCAGCUCUGCGAGGCUGCGGAGGAGGAGUUUCUGGAAAUCAUGGCACUAGUUGGCAUGGCCACCAAGCCGCUGCAUGUGCGUAGGCUGCAGAAGGCUCUCCGAGACUGGGCGGCGAACCCUGCCCUUUUUAGCCAGCCUGUUGCGAACGUCCCUCUGGGUGGCAUCCCCCUGUUCAAAGUCGAUGGGACGGGGGCAAGUGGCUCCGCGGGAGGACCCAGGAAGCCCGUGAGCAACGGGCAGCCGGGGUCCCCCUGUGAAAGAGAGGAUCGGUUAUGUCUUACUCCAAUGCACAGCGGGAGUCCCAGAAGCCCCUGCUCCCAGGCCUCCCCACAGCCACCCGACACACACUACAGGGAAAAGCUCUCGCCCAUGGAUCCCCACUGGCUCAGCCCGGAGAGUGACGGGAACGGUGCCUCGGCCUCCGCACCUGGAAUAGAAGAGGAGCCGCCCAGCCCACCUCUGUUGCCGACGGGUCCUCCUGGUCCCUCCACAUCUCCGGCCCCCUCUGCGUCCUUCGCCCCCACCUCUCUGUCCGCCUGGCCCGGAGGACAGCUGGACGCGGAAACAGCGAGGGCAGUGGUGGAGAGUGUGGAGCGGCUCUUCAGGACCCAGCCCAGGUCCGAUCCAGCAGAGGUGAAGACUCUGCUGAGGAUGAACAAGAAGAUGGCAAAGACUGUGGGGCACAUAUUCAGAAUGGGCUCCCAGGAUGCGAACAAGGAAGAGGAGAUCCGUAAAUACAGUCUCAUUUAUGGACGCUUUGACUCCAAGAGGAGGGAAGGCAAGCAGCUCACACAUCAUGAGCUAAUCAUCAAUGAAGCGGCAGCCCAAUUCUGCAUGCGCGACAAUGCUCUGUUGCUGAGACGAGUGGAGCUCUUCUCCCUGGCUCGGCAGGUGGCCAGAAAAUGUGCCUACACCUCUACACUGAAGCAUGCAAGGUCGAAUGCUGAUGAAAACAGCUGUGUGUUGCAGAAGAGAGCAAGACACGAGAUGAUCGUGCCUGAGAGUGUGUCAUCACUUCUCGGAGUUGAGGCGACUGAGAGCUCCACUCAGAGAGCAGACGACGACAGCGUGUCCGCAGAAAGCUUCGACAGUGUAUCACACGACACCAGUUCACAGUGCAACCAGGCUCCAUCCCCCCGUCCCAACACCGACGCCUCCAACCCUGCCGGCUGGAGCCGUCAUCUCAUACAACAAACUCUAAUGGAUGAAGGGCUGAGACUGGCUCGGAUGGUGUCACAUGAUCGGGCAGGAAAGCUCGGUCUAGGCUCAGAAGGGACUCACUCUGCAGAGCAUGACAGUAAAGUGGAGCGGCAUAGCUUGAUAUCAGCGUACAGGAGCAGUAGCCCUUGUGUCACCAAAGAUCCAGCCACCAUCCCCAACCACCGGGGGAAAUGAAACUCUCUGUGGUUAUCAGGGAAUAUGUGGUCAGACCACCUGUGAACUCCUGCCUGAGUCUUUUAUACAUGUCACAAGUGCUGAUGGAAAGAAGACUCUUGUUGAAUACAUGAUUAAUACAGUAAAUGCAAGAAUUUACCAGCAGAUGAUAUUAUAAACCUGCCCUAACUUACUCACCCCUCAAUUGUAAAUUAAUUUCCAAUUAGUUUGGUUUUUAUAAUGCAAAAGAAAGGAAAGUCACCUUUUUUGUUCAUUUGUUUGUUUUUGACCACAUGGACUACAUGUCCUGUCACGUUUAGCUGAGUUAUUUAACUGUCAGCGUUGUGUGUCAGAGGUUCCUCCAGUCUCCGAUGAAGCUGGCUCAGCACAGCAGGGGGCACUGCAAGUUUGGAGACCGACUGAAGUUCCUCUACUCAGACAUACAGGAAAUGUGUUUUUAGUUGUCAUCUCUCUCAGCAAAUUACUGCAUAAUGCUCUAAAGCUCCUCACCCUCAGGAAAUAUAUGGAUGUUCUGUUUUUUAAAGGUCAUCGUGUUCAGACCAACUCCGAUUUGAUUGAUAUUUGUCUGGUAGCUUUAAAAAAAAGCAUGUGUUAACGAUGUCGGAGAGCAUGUGCAUAAACACCAUCUUCUGGGUCAUGCGUUCUUAGCUGCACUCCCCAUCGGAGCAGACUGACAUGUAUGAGACAUGAAGACAGAGAUAUACACUAUUCAUUUGUCCCCACCUUCCUCCUGCACAAAUCACUGAUAUAGUGUUGUUUAUUAAUAGUUUCAGGCUUUUGACUGAAGGUAUUUUACCUUCCUGAAGUUUGUGAAAAUGUAGUCACUUUUCUAUUAGACUCGCUAGAAUUUAGAAAUGCUUUUUAGUUUGAGUGUGGACUGACUGACUUGAGGGCCUUCAGAUUCUCCGACAAAGCUUAAUUCUAAACUAAACUGCAAAAUUCAGAAUUCUAAUAGAUAUUUGAAAAAAUUCCUAGACACACCAUGUUCAGAAAUUUCAAAACGUUGAAUUGUAUUUUUUUCCCAAGCUUUCUGAAAAGUCAGUCGAUUAAUGUGUAAUGUUUGUGUAGUCUAAGCUUAACUUUAUUUAGGUUUUUCUAACUAUUGAGAUAUAGGCAACAGUAGUGACUACUUUCUCUUUUUAUCUUUAGAAAAGCACAUUGAAGUUUUUAAAAACUUGGUGCUUUCAUUUUUGAUGCAGCAGCCCCUUCAAGCCCCCCCUCCCUGAAGUUUUAAGCAUGUUUUCAGUCAGUUCAUGUAUACAGAUAUGUCUUGAUUUUUGUAGACUAAUCACAAAAUUUGUAUGUGAGGUAGCUUGCUGUGCAUCAGUUACACACGCCUGUCUCUUGAACGUUACUUACCUCCUAAGUUUAUUAUGUUGCAAAACAGAUUAUUUAUUUUGUUACAUUUUAAUAAAUGUUAUUUUACUGAUUUUGCAUUGUUUUCCACUUGGAGUAAUCUCUUUCUUGGCAGCUUUGAUGCGUGGUAGAGGCUUCAGAAGCUGCGUCACAAAGCCAGCAACACCUCUGCUAUAGUCUUGUUUCUGCACUGACGCUUCAGGAGUCGAGCCUGGAGUCUGCUAUGACUAACCAGUACCAGUGAUGUCAUCAGCGUCCAUCCACACAGACACUAGAGAUCUUGGAGACGCACAUACCAGACCAUAGACAUUUUAGACUAAAUUAGUCUAACUAUUUUGUGCUGUAAAUUAUUCUUGGUUUACUUAAUUCUAUAUCCUGUGUGAAUAAUGGUAAAU